AUGAUCUUUGGUCAGGAGACCAAUCCCACUGUGCUGAUUGGAUGGAAAAUCAACCGGCUUCGCAAAGAGCUUGGGCGUGAAGAUCUUCGCAGCGCAUACGAAACAGACAGUACCAUUGCUGGCACAUCCGCUCGUUUGAUUCAAGGCAUUACCAGGCCGGUUCGGAUUAUCUUCACGUCGCCCAUUUUGGCUCUUCUUGCUCUAUAUAUGUCCUUUGUGUUUGGCCUCUUAUAUCUUCUCUUCACGACAAUCACUUCUGUUUUCACGAGCACUUACGGCUGGCCUGUGGAUCUAGCUGGUCUCGCCUAUCUGGGUAUUGGUGCUGGGUUUGUCGUUGGCAUUUCCGUCGUGGCCAAAACUUCAGACACAACGGUUGUUCGCCUGACUCAAGCAAACCAUGGAGUUUACAAGCCUGAAAUGCGCCUUGCAAGUUGCCUUACAUUCGCGCUAUUUGUCCCUGUCAGCUUUUUCUGGUAUGGAUGGUCGGCAGAUAAACAGGUGCAUUGGAUCGUUCCGAUCCUUGGUUUGGUGCCGUUCGGUUUUGGCAUGAUGGGAAUUUUUGCACCAAUUCAGACAUAUUUCAUUGAUGUCUCCGGCCCGUAUGCCGCUUCCGCUGUCGCGGCAUUGACCGCCACAAGAUGUUUGUUCGGUGCAUUCCUCCCAUUGGCAGGACCUAGCAUGUAUUCAACAUUAGGUCUUGGCUGGGGCAAUUCUUUGCUGGGAUUCAUCGCUUUAGGGCUGACGCCAGUACCGGGCUUGAUCUACAGGUUUGGGGCCAGCCUGAGGGAGAGGCAUCCUAUCAGCAUUGACUAG